AUGGCAUCGGAAACCCACAAUGUUAAAAAACGGAAUUUUCUUAAUAAGAUUGAGGAUCAUUUCAUUGAUCUUCCUAGAAAAAAGAUCUGUAAUUUCACUAAUAAGAACACGAAGGAGAUUAAGAAAUCUCCAAAACAGUUGGCUGCUUACGUAAAUAGAACGGUUGGACAAACUGUGAAAAGACCAGAUAAACUAUGUAAAGUGAUCUAUCGCAGAAAGCUCCCUGGAAGUGGGGGCUGUGACAUGGCAAAUAAAGAGAAUGAACUGGCUUGUGCAGGCCACCUGCCUGAAAAUUUAUAUCAUGAUAGUCGAACAUACUUAGUUAACUCCAGUGAUUCCGGUUCUUCGCAGACAGAAAACCUAUCAUUGAAACACAGUAGGUUUUUUCCUGACGUUUCUCAGGACCAUGAAACAAUGGCCCAAGUUUUGUUCAGCAGAAAUUUGAGAUUGAAUGUAGCUUUAACUUUCUGGAAAAAGAGAAGUAUAAGUGAACUUGCAGAUUAUUUGUUGAGGAUAGAAGAUCUUGGCAUUGUAGUAGAGUGCCUUCCUGUGCUCAUCAAUAGUUUACAGGAAGAAAAACAGUAUAUCUCACUUUGCUACUGUGUAGACUUGUUGGCUCUAGUAAAGUCACUACUUAAAAGCACAUUUGAAGAAUAUGUCAUAGUUGGUUUAAACUGGCUUCAAGCAGUCACUCAAAGGUGGUGGUCAGAACUAUCAUCCAAAACAGAAAUUAUAAAUGAUGGAAAUACUCAGCUUUUAAAACAACAAUUCAAUGGAUUAUGGGAACAGGAAAACCAUCUUACUAUGGUUCCAGGAUACACUGGUAACAUAGCUAAGGAUAUAGAUGCUUAUUUGUUCCAGUUACAUUGA